AUGCCUCUCUCUUCCCUCACUUCAGAGUCCAGCAGUCCAGCAGUCGUGAUGGCCAAGGGUAAGAAGAGCGGUGAGGCGAAGGGAACGCAGAAGCGCCAGAAGAAGAUUCUGCGCGAGAACGUCCGUGGCAUCACGCGCGGGUCCAUUCGCCGCCUGGCGCGCCGUGGUGGUGUGAAGCGCAUCUCUGGUGUCAUGUAUGACGAGGUGCGUGGCGUGAUCAAGUCGUUCGUGGAGGGCGUCGUGCGCGACGCCACGGCGUACACGGAGUACGCCCGCAAGAAGACCGUCACGGCCGUCGACGUGGUGAACGCGCUGCGCAAGCGCGGCAAGAUCCUCUACGGCUACGAGUAA